AUGUUCAAGCCUACGUCCGCCUUAUCGGGCGGCCUGCUAUGGAAAAUCCCAUGGCGACUCUCCUCGAUGCAAAAGGCCCGACAACGAAAACGGCUGAAGCUGGUCGAUAAAGUCGUCGACACGGUCAGCAUGGCGCUACAAAAUAAUGGCGGCAUGACGGCAAAGGCCGUGGACAGAUGGUACCAAGAGAUGCCGCGGGAAGAGGAAAUGCUCCCCAAGGACAAAUACACGAUCUUUGACCGCAAAGAGAAGAGAUAUCGCAAGGGCAUUCACAAGCUGCCGAAGUGGACAAGAGUCAGUCAACGACUCAAUCCACCUGGCUUCUAG